CGCCGCGGCCCGCACCCAGAUGCUGGAAGCGCCUGAGCCGUGAGCAGCUGCAAGUUCGCCAUGCACAGCCCCGCAUAUUGCCCCGAGCUCGGCCCCGGCCUCGCCAUGGUGCCGCGCAAGGAGCGCGCGGCGCUGGACGACCGGCACGACAGCGGCCUGGACUCUAUGAAGGAGGAGGACUACGACCAGCUGGUGCGCGACCUGCGCGACAUCCGCCUGCAGCCGCCCGUCGCGCUGCCCGCGCCGGCCCCGGCCUGGCGCCACCAGCUCACGGACGACGGGGACUCGUUCCUGCACUUAGCCGUCAUCCACGAGGAGCUGGCGCUGAGCCUGGAGGCCAUCCGACAGGCGCGGGACGCGCCUGCCUUCCUCGACCUGCAGAACCACCUCAGCCAGACACCGCUGCACCUGGCCGUGAUCACGGAUCAGCCUGAGAUCGCCGAGGCCCUUCUCAAGGCCGGAUGCAACCCCGAGAUCAGGGACUUCCGUGGAAACAUGCCACUGCACAUCGCCUGCGAGCAGGGCUCUCUGCGGAGCAUGGGGGUGCUCACGCAGUACUGCCAGGAGCACCACCUGCACGCCAUCCUGCAGGCUGCCAACUACAACGGACAUACAUGUCUCCAUUUGGCAUCCAUUCAAGGGUAUCUGGCAAUUGUGGAGUGUUUGCUGUCCUUAGGAGCAGACGUCAAUGCUCAGGAGCCUUGUAAUGGCAGAACUGCCCUACACUUAGCUGUAGACCUGCAGAAUUCAGAGCUGGUGUCACUUCUGGUGAAACACGGGGCAGAUGUGAAUAAAGUAACCUACCAAGGCUAUUCUCCAUACCAGCUCACAUGGGGAAGAGACAGCUCCAUCAUACAAGAACAGCUGAAGCAGUUAACCAUAGCAGACCUACAAAUGCUGCCAGAAAGUGAGGAUGAGGAAAGCAGUGAAUCAGAAUCAGAAUUUACAGAGGAUGAACUGAUGUAUGAUGAUUGCAUUAUUGGAGGACGGCAGUUGGCAUUAUAAAAUGGAGGAUUCUCAGAAAGGACAUAAGUCUAUACAUAUGCACAACAAAGACUUAUUUUCUUCAAAAAAUGGAAAAAUGUGAAAAAAAUACUGAAAUACACUGCACAGCACAGAGCACAUGACUAUAACAACAAGAUUCAUUGUUCUGAGCUGCAUUCUAAUUAUGGGAGAAACAGAUCAUCAGUAGAAAUCUGUGACACAUUGCACCACCCCUCAGUUAACUGGUUGUCCUAAUGUAUGAUCAGUAUGAAGACAGACUGCAGUCCACCUGAACAUGCAUUUCAUAUACAGGAAUGUGUACAAGAGAUGUCCAGAGAGCAUGAGUAUGGUGGAAUGUUUGCCUCUAAAAUGUCAGGACAGGUUCACAUGAAUAUCCCAUCCUCUUUGACUACAUUUCAUAGAUUUCUGUUGGGGCUGAUUAUAAUGCACUCUGUUGACUAACCUCAGCUGCUCUUUGUGGUGUAUUAGGAGAUAAGAGGUGUUGAAAUGGGGAAGUGACCUCUUGGCUUUUAUAGGAAAGGUAGCAAUAAUGUUAAUUGUGGACCUGGUUUCCAAUGCAUUUCGCACUGUGUGUGUCAUAAUUGCUACACCUUUAGCUGUUGUACAUAAUGUAUAUGUUGUACAUUCUGUUUUAUAAUUAUUUUGGUACCUGUCCAAUUGUAUAUUUAUUAAAAAAAAAAGUCAAAGCCAGUUGUGGCUGUGCGAAGUAAUU